AUGGCAGGGAAAGCAGAGGCCGGUGGCGCAGAGAUGCGCGCAGGUGAGAGGCUCUUACUGGACAAAGGUAAGUUCCCCCACCCUCCCUGGCCCAGGCCUCAUUUCCCCGAACCCAGAAGCACGUCUUCAGGGUCACCUCCCUCCUCUGUCUGGGCGGUGACCACCGUGCGGUCACUCCGCCUCCUGCACGCUUGGGACGCGGUCCCCUGGGAAACGGACGCGCCACUCCCCCCGGGCCAGCUGGGCGCCGCGAGCCUCGCCCCGGGCGCAGACGCGCGGCUUCGAGCAGUCGCAGGUGGGGCGUGGGGCCGCGCUCGGGGAAGGAGAGGGGCGCCGGCUGCAGUGCUUCCCCUCGGCGGUGGCCCACGAAGCUCGGAGUCUCCGGGACGCCCCAGGACCCCGCGAAGCGCCGGCCUGGAGGAGCCGGGCUCGAUGGAGUUAGAGGAGGAAGAGGAGGAGGAGGAGAGCCGGAGAGCGCGGAGUUUCGUGCAGGACGCGCGGGUGCGCUUCGUCGGCGGCCGCCUGGAGCAGAUGCUGAGGCUCCGGGAGGGGAGAUGGAGUCAGUAUCUGGAGAGCCCAGAGCACCGGCAGGAUCUGGGCGCGUUUCUGGACAGCGCCAGCCCCGACUGCCUUCUGUUCUGCACAGGCGCCGCGGGGCGGCUCGUGGCCUCUCCGGAGAUUCCCGCAAAUACAAAGCAAAAACAUGUUUAUAUUACCAAGAAAAUUACAGAAAGCCCUGGAGUAAAUAAUUUGGCUCAAACUUUUUUAUUUGGAGAAUUACCUGCAUCAUCUCUUGGACAUGUCACUACUUUCCUAGAUGAGAUUUUAGUACCGAUUCUUUCAAACAAGAGCAACCAUAAAUCUUGGUCCUGUUUUAUUUCACAAGAUAUGGAAUGUCACAUAGAAGUCAUGAAAUACAAAAUGCAUAUUUUUAGAGGCAAAAUAGCAGGACGGACUCUUCUACCAAUCCCCACUAUUGCAAGAAAUAUUGACCUGGAUCAGAAUUAUUUAGAAACCAAGCUAGAGGCAAAUGAAAGGCUAAUAUUACAUGCCACUGAAUCUGUGGUUAUUAAGUGGUCACAUCAAAUUCAAGAAAUUGUCGAGAAAGAUUCAGUGCAGCCUUUUCUGAAUGGUCUUCACUUGAAUCCUCAAACUGAGUUAGAUUUUUGGAAAAGGAGAAAAGACAACUUAUCAUGUAUUUAUGAUCAACUCCAGGCUCCUGUUGUCCUCAAAAUGGUUAAGAUCCUGAAAACAAAACAAAGCAGCUAUUUUCCAACUUUGAAAGCCAUUUUCACAACAGUGGAAAAUGCUCUCCAGGAAGCCCAGGACGUGGAGCUUCACCUGAGACCGCUGAGGAAACACAUUCAACGUCUCCAGGAGGCAGAAUUUCCACAGACAAGAAUCUUCAUCACCCCACUGUUUCAUACCAUCUGUCUGAUCUGGAGUCAUUCCACAUUUUAUAACACCCCUGGUCGGAUUAUAGUGUUACUGAAAGAGUUCUGUAAUCUCUUCAUUGACCAGGCAAUAGCUUAUCUUUCACCUGAGGACCUUUUGAAGGGAGAAAUUGAAGAGUCGCUAGAAAAGGUGCAGGUUGCUCUUCGCGUCUUAACGACUUUCAAAAACUCUUUCUUCAACUAUCAGAAGAAACUGGAAUGCUAUUUCACAAGAGACAAAGAGCUAAAGCCAUGGGAUUUCCAGUCUCACUUGGUGUUUUGCAGAUUUGACAAGUUUCUGGAUCGUUUAAUGAAAAUAGAGGACAUAUUUGACACCAUACUGGAAUUUGAAAAGCUGGAACGACUUGAAUUUGGUGGUACCAAGGGAGCAAUUUUAGAUGAACAAGUUUACAAGAUGAGUGAAGAGUUUGUGGAACUUUGUCAAGUUUUUAAACAGAGCACAUAUGACCCAUCUGAUUAUAGUAACAUGGAAUUUGAAGAUGAUUAUAUUGUUUUUAAAUCCAAAAUUCUGGAUUUUGACAGAAGACUUGGAGCAAUUCUUUGUGAAGGAUUCUUUAACUGCAAUGGUUUAGAAGCUUCAUUUAAGCUCUUGACUGUAUUUGGAAAUUUUCUUGAGAAACCUGUUGUCAUGGAAAUUUUUAGCCCGCAUUAUGGCACACUAGUGCACAUGUUUAGUGCAGAAUUGGAUAUGUGUAAGCACUUAUAUAAUGAACACAUGAGACAGAUUGAACAUGGAGAUGCAUUUCUUCACAAGAAUAUGCCAUUUGCCUCCGGAAACAUCAAGUGGGCCAAAGAAGUCCUUGAACGACUUCAGACAUUUUGGUCCAGCUUUGAAUCUCUUCAUUAUCUGUUCUUAGAAAUUCCUGAUGAUGGUCUUCUUUAUCAGAAGUUCGUUGAAAUGACAACUUUGCUUGACCAAUUUGAAAAUCUUGUCUAUAAUGAAUGGAAAAGUAAUGUGGAUGAGAUCUGUGAGUUCAAUUUGAAUCAACCUCUGAUUAAACCAAGUGCCACAGAUGGGCUUCUCAAGGUCAAUUUUGACCCAAAGCUUGUAGCUGUAUUGAGAGAAGUAAAAUAUCUUCUGAGGUUGAAGAAGUCAGACAUACCAGAUUCAGCCUUAGCCAUCUUCAAGAAAAGAAACAUUAUUUUAAAGUACAUUGGAAGUCUUGAACUCCUUGUGCAAGGAUAUAAUAAGCUGAAACAGACACUUCUGGAGGUUGAAUACCCACUGAUUGAAGGUGAACUGAGGGAGGUGGAUGACCAGCUGAAGGAGGCCACGACAUUCCUUACCUGGCAGGAUGACUGCUGGGAUUAUAUUGAGAAGGUAAAGAGGACAGUCACUGAGCUGGAGUGGCGAGUUCAGCAGACCCAAAGCAACAUUAAAGUGAUCCAGCAGAUGAUGAGAGGCUGGGCAGAGUGCACACUCCUUCCCAGGAGGGAGCACAGAAAGGAGACUUACUUCACUUUGGAGGACAAGGGUGAUUUGUUUGCUAAGAAAUACAAAUUAAUCCAGGAAGAUGGCUACAAGAUACAGAACUUGGUGGAGGAAAAUCGAAAACUCUUCAAAGCCGAUCCUGCUCUGGACAUCUGGAAGAUUUAUGUAGAAUUCAUAGAUGACAUCGUGGUGGAAGGCUUUUUUCAAGCUAUAAUGCACGACUUGGAUUUCUUUCUGACAAAUACAGUGAACCAGUUGAAGCCUGCACCAUUUUUUCAAGUUCAGAUGAUCUUAAUGCCCCCCGAGAUUGUGUUCAAGCCAUCUUUAGAAAGAGAGGCUGGCGAUGGAUUCUAUGAUCUGGUGGAAGAAAUGCUAUGCAGUAGUUUCAGGAUGUCUGCUCAGAUGCAGAGAGUAGCAUCCCACCUAGAGAUAGCAAAUUAUCAGACAGAUAUGGAUAACAUGUUAGGCCUGGCAGAGGCAAGGCAAGAGAUAAUGAACAGAGUGGCAGAUGUCAUAAAAAAAGUCUUAGACUUCAGAACCUCUCUGGACGCCUAUGCUUACCUCUGGGUGGAUGAGCGAGCUGAAUUUAUGAAGCAUUUUCUCCUGUAUGGUCACGCUUUAACGUCUGAGGAAACUGAUGCACGUCCAAAUGAAGAAAUCCCUGGGCAACCACCAACUAUCGAGCAAUUCAAAGAACAGAUUGAUAUAUAUGAGGCUCUGUAUGUUCAGAUGAGCAAGUUUGAUGACUUCAGAGUCUUUGAUGGUUGGCUCAAGGUGGACAUGAAGCCUUUCAAAGUGAGCUUGCUGAACAUUAUCAAGAAAUGGAGCUGGCUGUUUCAGGAGCACCUUUUGAGAUUUGUCUCUGACAGUCUGAAUGAGCUACAAGAAUUUAUAAAGGAGACAGAUGCAGGACUUCAAGGAGAGUUAAGUGAAGGGGACCACGAUGGUUUAGUUACGAUCAUGGGGCAUCUUUUGGCUGUGAGGAGCCGACAGAGAACCACUGAUGAACUCUUUGAGCCACUGAAAGAAACUAUCACACUCUUGGAAAGCUAUGGCCAGAAGCUGCCUGAACAAGUCUAUGUUCAGCUGGAGGAAUUGCCUGAAAGGUGGGAAUUUACCAAAAAGACUGCUGCAAUCAUCAGACAUGAAGUUUCACCUCUCCAAAACGUGGAGGUUUCUCUUAUACGGAAGAAAUGCAUUUUGUUUGAUGAAAAACAGGCUGAGUUCAGAGAAAGAUUUAGAUGCUGUGCUCCUCUUGACUUCAAUGCAGAAAACCCAUACUCAAUGCUUGACCAGGUAAAUCAAGAACUCACUGCAUUAGAAGAAGAAAUGUUGCAGAUGCAAGAAUCUACUCGUCUGUUUGAAGUGGCUCUUCCGGAGUACAAACAAAUGAAGCAGUGUCGCAAAGAGAUAAAAUUGCUCAAGGGACUCUGGGAUGUCAUUGUUUAUGUUAGAAGUAGCAUUGAUAAUUGGACUAAAACCCAGUGGAGGCAGAUUAAUGUGGAACAGAUGGAUGGAGAACUCAGAAGGUUUGCCAAGGAAAUUUGGUCACUAGACAAGGAAGUUCGUGUCUGGGAGGCGUAUACAAGCCUUGAAGGGGCAGUAAAGGACCUGGCGACCUCCCUCAGAGCUGUCACAGAGCUACAGAGCCCUGCUCUCAGGGACCGGCAUUGGCACCAGCUAAUGAAGACCAUUGGGGUCACCUUUUCAAUAAACGAAGCCACGAUUCUGGCUGACUUGUUGGCCCUGCAGCUGCACAAAGUGGAAGAUGACGUCCGAAGCAUUGUGGACAAAGCUGUGAAAGAACUGGGCACAGAAAAGGUUAUUACUGAAAUCAGCCAGACCUGGGCAACUCUGGAGUUUUCUUAUGACGUUCACUAUCGGACAGGCAUUCCACUGCUGAAGUCUGAUGAACAACUUUUUGAAAUUCUGGAGAACAAUCAAGUUCAGUUACAGACACUUCUUCAAAGCAAGUUUGUGGAAUAUUUCAUUGAGCAAGUCUUAAAUUGGCAGAAUAAGCUAAACAUAGCAGACACAGUCAUCUUUACAUGGAUGGAAGUCCAGCGAACAUGGUCUCACCUGGAAAGCAUCUUUUCCUGUUCGGAAGAUAUUCGCAUCCAGCUGGGGACAGAUGCUAGAAGAUUUGAUGAGAUUGAUGCUGAAUUUAAGGAAUUAAUGUUCAACACAGCUAAAAUAAAAAAUGUUUUAGAAACAACAUGCAGGCCCAGUCUCUAUGAACAACUUAAAGAUUUGCAGUACAGGCUUUCUCUUUGUGAAAAAGCUCUUACUGAAUACCUGGAAACGAAGCGUGUAGCUUUUCCUCGUUUCUAUUUUAUCUCUUCUGCUGACUUACUUGACAUUCUCUCAAAAGGAGCUCAGCCGAAACAGGUAACACGCCACCUUGCCAAGCUCUUCGACAGCCUCACAGAUCUGCAGUUUGAAGACAACCAGCAUGUUUCUGCGCACAGAGCAGUUGGAAUGCACAGCAAGGAAAAGGAAUAUGUCCCGUUCCAAUCCGAGUGUGAAUGCAUAGGCCAUGUGGAAACCUGGCUUCUACAGCUUGAACAGACCAUGCAGCAAACCGUGCGGCAUUCUAUCACAGACGCCAUAGUCGCCUACGAGGAGAAGCCUAGGGAACUGUGGAUUUUUGAUUUUCCAGCCCAAGUUGCACUGACUAGCUCACAGAUAUGGUGGACGACAGAUGUAGGAAUCGCCUUCAGUAGACUGGAAGAAGGCUAUGAAACUGCCCUCAAGGAUUUCCAUAAAAAACAGAUUUCUCAGUUGAACACACUGAUUGCACUUCUGUUGGGAGACCUUCCACCUGGAGACAGACAAAAGAUCAUGACGAUUUGUACCAUUGAUGUCCAUGCUAGAGAUGUGGUGGCAAAACUUAUUUCUCAGAAGGUUGUUAGUCCUCAGGCUUUUGCUUGGCUGUCUCAACUUCGUCACCAGUGGGAUGACACCCAGAAACACUGCUUUGUUAAUAUUUGUGAUGCUCGGUUCCAGUACUUCUAUGAAUAUUUAGGAAACAGUCCACGGCUGGUCAUCACUCCACUAACUGACAGGUGCUAUAUUACCUUAACUCAGUCACUUCAUCUAAACAUGAGUGGGGCUCCAUCUGGCCCAGCUGGCACGGGGAAAACGGAAACUACUAAAGACCUUGGACGAGCACUGGGCAUGAUGGUGUAUGUCUUCAACUGUUCAGAGCAAAUGGACUACAAAUCCAUAGGAAACAUCUAUAAGGGACUGGUGCAGACUGGAGCUUGGGGCUGCUUUGAUGAGUUCAAUCGCAUUGCUGUGGAGGUCCUGUCAGUGGUGGCAGUUCAAGUAAAAAUGAUCCACGAUGCCAUCCGAAACAAGAAAAAGAGAUUUGUAUUUCUUGGGGAAGCGAUCACACUGAAGCCUUCAGUCGGAAUAUUUAUUACGAUGAACCCAGGAUAUGCUGGUCGCACAGAAUUACCAGAAAAUCUCAAAGCUCUUUUCAGACCCUGUGCUAUGGUGGCCCCUGACAUUGAGCUAAUCUGUGAAAUCAUGCUGGUUGCUGAAGGUUUCGUGGAUGCACGCUCUUUAGCCCGAAAGUACGUCACUCUGUACAGGCUCUGCAGGGAGCUCCUCUCCAAGCAGGAUCAUUAUGACUGGGGACUUCGUGCUAUUAAAUCUGUCUUGGUGGUAGCUGGCUCCCUUAAACGAGGAGAUAAAAAUAGACCUGAAGAUCAGGUCCUUAUGAGAGCAUUGAGGGACUUCAAUAUGCCUAAAAUAGUGACUGACGACAUUCCUGUGUUCCUGGGCCUGGUGGGUGACCUGUUUCCUGCCCUGGACGUGCCCAGGAGGAGGACGCCACACUUUGAACAGAUGGUCAGGCAGUCCACCCUGGAGCUUCGCCUACAGCCCGAGGAGAGCUUCAUCCUCAAAGUGGUGCAGCUUGAGGAACUGUUGGCCAUGCGACACUCUGUCUUUGUUGUUGGCAAUGCAGGCACAGGAAAAAGCAAGAUUCUAAGAACGCUGCACCGAACAUAUGUUAACAUGAAACAGAAACCUGUUUGGAAUGACUUAAACCCUAAAGCUGUGACAACAGAUGAACUCUUUGGUUUCAUACAUCAUGCUACCCGUGAAUGGAAAGAUGGUCUCUUCUCAUUCAUUUUGAGAGAACAAGCAAAUCUGAUGCAUGAGGGACCAAAAUGGAUAGUCCUGGAUGGAGAUAUUGAUCCCAUGUGGAUUGAAUCACUAAACACAGUUAUGGAUGAUAACAAGGUGCUAACCCUGGCCAGCAAUGAACGUGUGGCCCUGACACCCUCAAUGAGGCUUCUGUUUGAAAUUCAUCACCUAAGGACAGCAACCCCGGCUACUGUUUCCAGGGCUGGCAUUCUAUAUGUGAACCCACAAGAUUUGGGCUGGAACCCGUAUGUGGCCAGUUGGAUAGACAGAAGGCGGCAUCAAUCAGAAAAGGCCAACUUAACUAUUCUUUUUGAUAAGUAUGUUCCUGCAUGCUUGGAUAAGCUGAGAACAAGCUUUAAAACCAUCACUUCAAUUUCAGAAAACAGCCUGGUGCAGACUAUUUGCGCUCUUUUGGAAUGCCUGUUAACACCUGAAAACGUCCCCUCCGACAGCCCCAAGGAAAUUUAUGAAGUCUAUUUUGUCUUUGCUUGUAUCUGGGCCUUUGGAGGUACUCUGCUACAAGAUCAGCUUUCUGAUUACCCAGCUGAAUUCAGUCGGUGGUGGCAUAAAGAGAUGAAAGCAGUGAAGUUCCCAUCCCAGGGAACAAUCUUUGAUUAUUACCUGGACCAUAGCACUAAGAAAUUCUUGCCGUGGGCUGAGAAAACCCCCCAACUUACCAUGGAUCCAGAUGUACCUCUGCAGACAGUUCUUGUGCACACCUCAGAGACAACCCGUCUUAAAUAUUUCGUAGAUUUGUUGCUUAAGAAAGGAAAUCCACUGAUGCUAGUAGGAAAUGCUGGUGUGGGAAAAACUGUUUUUGUAGGUGACAUCCUCGCAAGUCUCUCUGAAGAUUAUGUUGUGUCCCGUGUGCCUUUCAACUACUACACAACAUCUGCAGCUCUGCAAAAGACCCUUGAGAAAUCUCUAGAGAAAAAGGCAGGUCGUAACUAUGGUCCAGUUGGAAAUAAAAAGUUGGUCUAUUUCAUUGAUGACAUGAACCUGCCUGAAGUAGACUUCUAUGGCACUGUUCAGCCCCACACUCUGAUUCGACAGCAUAUUGACUAUGGACACUGGUAUGAUCGACAGAAGGUGACACUUAAAGAAAUCCAUGGCUGCCAGUAUGUUGCCUGUAUGAAUCCGCUGGUGGGCAGCUUCACAAUCAAUCCCAGACUGCAGAGACACUUCACGGUGUUUGCAUUCAACUUUCCAUCCUUGGGUGCAUUAAACACCAUCUAUGGCCAGAUCCUUGGUUCCCAUUUCCAGCAGCAAACAUUUAAUCCAUCCAUUCUCAAGAGUGGCCCCACUGUGAUCCGAGCAGCAAUAGCAUUCCAGCAGAUGAUGACUCAUAACUUCCUACCCACCGCCGUCAAAUUCCACUACGUCUUCAAUCUAAGAGACCUGACCAACAUCUUCCAGGGAAUUUUAUUUGCUUCUCCUGAAUGUUUAAAAGUUCCAAAUGAUUUAAUACGCCUGUGGCUUCAUGAAUCAUCCCGUGUUUAUGGAGACAAACUGAUAGACACAAAGGAUUGUGAUUUAUUUCAGAAGAAGAUGCUGGAAAUAGCUUAUAAAUAUUUUGAAGACAUAGACCAUCACAUGCUGAACCAACAGCCCCUUAUUUACUGCCACUUUGCUCAUGGGGGUGCAGAUCCCUGUUACAUGCCAGUGAAGGACUGGGACGUGCUGAAGGCAGUUCUUACAGAAACAUUAGACAACUACAAUGAACUAAAUGCUGCUAUGCAUCUAGUUUUAUUUGAAGAUGCCAUGCAACAUAUUAUUUUGUGUUUCUCUCCGGUUGGUCACACGCUGAGAGUUAGAGCUCGGAAGUUCCCAGCCAUAGUUAACUGCACGGCUAUUGACUGGUUUCAUGAGUGGCCACAGGAGGCUCUGGUCUCAGUCAGCAGGAGGUUCAUUGAAGAAAUCAAGGGAAUCGAGCCACUGAACAGAGAGGCCAUUAGUCUUUUCAUGGCGCAUGUUCACACUAGCGUGAAUGAAAUGAGUACCAGGUAUUACCAGAAUGAAAGAAGACACAACUAUACCACCCCAAAGAGUUUUCUAGAACAAAUAUCACUCUUUAAGAACCUGUUGGAGAAGAAGCAAAAUGAGGUCUCCCAGAAGAGAGAGCACUUGGUGAAUGGGAUCCAGAAGCUAAAAACCACAGCCUCUCAGGUGGAAGAUCUCAAAGCCAGACUGGCUUCCCAAGAAGCUGAGCUCCAACUGCGAAACCUCGAUGCUGAGGCUCUGAUCACAAAGAUAGGGCUCCAGACGGAGAAAGUGAGCCGGGAAAAGGCCAUCGCUGACGCUGAAGAGCAAAAGGUGGCAGCCAUUCAGACAGAAGUGUCCCAGAAGCAGAAAGAGUGUGAGGCUGACUUACUGAAGGCAGAGCCUGCGCUGGUGGCAGCCACAGAUGCCUUGGACACACUCAACAGGGUCAACCUGACUGAGUUGAAAGCCUUUCCCAACCCGCCGAACGCGGUUACCAAUGUCACUGCGGCUGUGAUGGUACUUCUGGCUCCCAGGGGCAGAGUGCCCAAAGACCGAAGCUGGAAGGCAGCUAAAAUCUUCAUGGGAAAGGUUGAUGAUUUUUUGCAAGCAUUAAUUAACUAUGACAAAGAACACAUUCCGGAGAACUGUCUAAAAGUGGUGAAUGAACAGUAUUUGAAAAACCCAGAAUUCAAUCCAAAUCUGAUUCGGACCAAAUCUUUUGCAGCUGCUGGUCUCUGUGCCUGGGUCAUCAACAUCAUUAAAUUCUAUGAGGUCUACUGUGAUGUAGAGCCAAAACGUCAAGCUUUAGCCCACACCAACUUAGAACUGGCUGCUGCUACUGAAAAACUUGAGGCCAUCAGGAAAAAGCUUGUGGAUCUGGAUCGCAAUUUGAGCAAACUCACAGCUUCAUUUGAAAAAGCAAUAGCUGAGAAAGUCCGAUGUCAAGAAGAGGUGAACCAAACCAACAAAACCAUUCAACUAGCUAACAAAUUGGUCAAGGAACUUGAGUCAGAAAAGAUUCGCUGGAGCCAGUCUAUUGAAUCCUUUGAGACCCAAGAGAAGACGCUCUGUGGAGAUGUUCUCCUCACAGCAGCUUUUGUGUCUUACGUUGGAUCAUUCACAAAACAGUAUCGCGAGGAACUAGUAAACUGCAAGUGGAUUCCCUUUCUUCAGCAAAAGGUUUCCAUUCCAAUAACUGAACACCUGGAUGUCAUUGCCAUGCUGACGGAUGAUGCUACGAUUGCUGGCUGGAAUAACGAAGGGCUGCCCAGCGACAGAAUGUCCACAGAAAACGCCGCCAUCCUGACACACUGCGAGCGCUGGCCCCUAAUGAUAGAUCCACAGCAACAGGGAAUUAAAUGGAUCAAGAAUAAGUAUGGAGCUGAGCUUAAAGUCACGCAUAUGGGCCAAAAAGGGUUUCUGAAUGCCAUUGAAACAGCCUUGGCCUUUGGAGACGUCGUUUUACUUGAAAACCUGGAUGAGGUGAUAGAUCCUGUCCUUGAUCCGUUGCUUGGCAGGAACACAAUUAAAAAAGGAAAGUAUAUCAGAAUUGGAGACAAGGAAUGUGAAUUUAACAAGAACUUUCAUCUUAUCCUUCAUACAAAAUUGGCAAAUCCUCACUAUAAGCCAGAAUUACAAGCUCAGACAACCCUCCUCAAUUUCACCGUCACAGAAGAUGGUCUGGAGGCUCAGCUGUUGGCAGAGGUGGUCAGUAUUGAAAGGCCAGAUUUGGAGAACCUUAAGCUGAUGUUGACAAAGCACCAAAAUGACUGUAAGAUUGAGCUGAAGCACCUGGAGGAUGACCUCCUCCUGCGCCUGUCCGCGGCUGAGGGGAGCUUUCUAGAUGACACCGAGUUGGUGGAGAGGCUGGAGACCACCAAAGCCACCGCUGCAGAGAUAUCACGGAAGGUGACUGAAGCCAAAGAAAAUGAAAUGAAAAUCAACGAAGCCAGAGAAUGUUACAGACCAGUGGCAGCAAGAGCAUCUCUUCUGUACUUUGUUAUUAAUGGCCUCAGGAAUAUCAACCCCAUUUAUCAAUUCUCCUUGAAGGCUUUCAACACACUGUUCCUCAGAGCGAUUGAGCAGGCUGACAAGGUGGAGGACCCGCGGGAGCGCAUCUCCAGCCUAAUGGAGAGCAUCACGCAGAGCGCCUUCCUCUACACCAGCCAGGCGCUGUUUGAGAAAGACAAGCUCACCUUCUUGUCCCACAUGGCUUUUCAGAUUUUGUUGAGGAAGAAAGAGAUAGAUCCACUUGAAUUGGAUUUCCUGUUACGAUUCACAGUAGAACACUCUUACCUGAGUCCUGUUGACUUUCUAACUACUCAGUCAUGGAGUGCUAUUAAGGCAGUUGCCCUCAUGGAAGAAUUUCGAGGCAUCGACCGAGAUGUGGAAGGAUCUGCCAAACAGUGGAAGAAGUGGGUAGAAUCCGAGUGUCCAGAAAAAGAAAAGUUACCACAAGAAUGGAAAAAGAAAAGCCUGAUACAGAAGCUUAUUAUUUUACGAGCUGUGCGCCCUGACAGAAUGACAUAUGCUCUCAGGAAUUUUGUGGAGGAAAAACUGGGUGCAAAGUAUGUUGAGGGGACCAGAUUGGAUUUAGCAAGAGCAUUGGAAGAAAGCAGCCCCGGCACCCCAGUGUUCUUCAUCUUGUCUCCAGGAGUAGAUGCCCUUAAAGACCUGGAGGGCCUCGGCAAAAAACUCGGGUUUACAAUUGACUCGGGCAAAUUCCACAAUGUGUCUUUAGGACAAGGACAGGAGAUGGUGGCAGAGAUGGCCCUGGAGAAAGCUUCCCGAGGAGGGCACUGGGUCAUACUCCAAAAUGUCCACCUGGUAGCCAAGUGGCUAGGAACCUUGGAGAAACUCCUUGAAAGAUUCAGCCAAGGAAGCCACGAGGAUUAUAGGGUGUUCAUGAGUGCUGAGUCGGCACCCACCCCAAGUGAGCAUCUUAUCCCCCAGGGGCUCCUGGAAAAUUCCAUUAAAAUCACCAAUGAACCUCCCACAGGAAUGCAGGCCAAUUUGCAUGCUGCCCUCUACAACUUUGAUCAGGACACACUGGAAAUAUGCUCCAAGGAGCAGGAGUUUAAGAGCAUUCUCUUUUCUCUGUGCUACUUCCACGCCUGUGUUGCUGGGAGACUGCGGUUUGGCCCCCAGGGCUGGAGCCGCCACUAUCCCUUCAAUCCUGGAGACCUCACCAUCUGUGCCAACGUCCUCUACAACUAUUUAGAGGCAAACCCUAACGUUCCAUGGGAAGACCUCCGCUAUCUCUUUGGCGAGAUCAUGUACGGGGGCCACAUCACAGAUGACUGGGAUCGCAGGCUCUGCCGAGUUUAUUUAGAGGAAUUCAUGAAUCCAGCUCUGAUUGAAGAUGAGCUUAUGCUGGCACCAGGAUUUGCAGCUCCACCCAAUCUGGAUUAUUCAGGCUACCACCAGUACGUAGAGGAGAUGCUUCCUCCAGAAAGCCCAGCACUGUAUGGACUCCACCCUAAUGCUGAAAUAGAAUUCCUGACAGUGACUUCCAACAUUCUCUUCAGAACCUUGCUGGAAAUGCAGCCCAGGAAUGCACUCAGCAGUGAGGAAUUGGGACAGUCUACAGAAGACAAGGUUAAGAAUAUCUUGGAUGACAUUUUAGAAAGACUUCCAGACGAAUUCAACAUUGUAGAGGUAAUGCAAAAAACCUGUGACCGGAGUCCUUAUGUUCUUGUCUGCUUCCAAGAAUGUGAGAGGAUGAAUAUUCUCCUUCAAGAAAUCCGUGGGUCCCUUCAACAAUUAGACCUUGGUUUAAAGGGGGAGCUCACGUUGUCUCCUGAUAUGGAAGCCCAGCAGUCUGCACUGAGUUAUGACACGGUACCAGCCGCAUGGGCCAAGUUGGCAUAUCCAUCGACUUACGGCCUGGCCCAGUGGUUUAAUGACCUCCUCUUGCGAUGCCGAGAACUGGAUACCUGGACACACGACCUUGUCCUCCCAGCCGUGGUGUGGCUCUCUGGCUUCUUCAACCCACAAUCCUUCUUAACAGCAAUCAUGCAGACCAUGGCACGAAAAAAUGAAUGGCCUUUGGAUAAAAUGUGCUUGACGGUCGAUGUUACAAAAAAGACUAAGGAAGAUUUUGGCCAUCCCCCCAGAGAAGGGGCAUACCUCCAUGGGCUCCUCCUGGAAGGUGCCAGGUGGGAUGCGCAGUCUGGAACCAUUGCUGAAGCCCGCCUCAAAGAGCUGACGUCCGCGAUGCCGGUCAUCUUUGCAAAAGCCACACUCCUGGACAGACAAGAAACCAAACACACAUACGAGUGUCCCGUGUACAGAACCAAAGUGAGGGGUCCCAACUAUGUCUGGACUUUCAGGUUAAAGAGCAAGGAGAGGGCGGCAAAAUGGGUUCUGGCGGGUGUGGCUCUGCUGCUGGAGGUGUAG